CAAAAGCCGGGCCAGGCAUCAUCAAAGUUAGCGAAACACCGCCGCGGAAGCCGUUCAACCGUUUUAAAACCGACGAGACCGUUCCCGAUACAGUUAACGUCCAGCUCGCAUUGCAGACAUGUCUGACGAUAUCGUAGUGACCGUAGAAGAAGGGAAAGUUCGAGGAAAGAUCCAGGAGGACUACCAUGGUGGAAAGUUUUAUAGUUUCAGUGGGAUUCCUUAUGGAAAGGCGCCGAUUGGAGAUUUGAGAUUCAAGGCUCCUGUACCAGCAGAACCUUGGGAAGGCGUCAAGGAUGGUACAAAGGAAGGAUAUGAGUGUCCUUCUAAGGACAUGUACUUGGGAUACUACAUAGGAAAUGAAGAUAACUGCCUCAACUUGAAUGUUUACACGAAAGAGUUACCAAGUCGUAAUAAUGUUAAAAAACCUGUUAUGGUGUUCAUUCACGGUGGAGGAUUCAUGUAUGGAUGUAAUAAAAGUGCUUAUUUUGGGCCACAUUAUUUAAUGAGUGAAGACAUCGUUUUAGUUGCAAUCAACUACAGACUGGGUGUUUUUGGAUUUCUGAGCCUUGAAGAUCAAUCGCUGGGAGUUCCUGGAAACGCUGGAUUGAAAGACCAAACACUUGCUCUAAAGUGGGUUCAAAAAAAUAUCAACAAUUUUGGUGGAGACCCUCAAAAUGUUACUAUUUUUGGAGAAAGCGCUGGAAGUGCCUCCGUUCAUUAUUUGACUCUAUCGCCACUUACUAAAGGUCUAUUUCACAAGGCCAUCAUGCAGAGCGGGAGUGCAUUAAACCCCUGGGCUCGAGGCAGGAGAAAUUUUGCUGAUAUCGCCAAAGCCAUUGGAUACAAAGAUGCUGAUGAGAAGACAGUGUUCCAGAAACUUUGUAGGGCUAGUGCAAGAAGUUUAGUCAGCGCUCAAUUCAAGAUCGAAGACUCGUUUUUCGCAAGUUUGGUCCGUCCACUGGGUCCUGUUAUAGAAUAUCCACAUGAAGGUGCUUUCCUCACUGAGGAUCCAGAGGAAAUAAUCAAGUCUGGUAAAAACCAUCAAAUACCGAUGAUCAUUGGGUAUAACUCCUUGGAAGGACUGUUCUACGAAAUUAUGAGAAAAACAAGAAAUGAUGCAAACCUCCCCAAAAACCUCGAGAGGGAUAUUCCAUAUGAUUUGAACAUUUUGAAGAACCAGAAUCAGGUUCAAGAAGUAGCUCAGAAGAUGAAGGAAUUUUAUUACAAAAGUGCUGAUCUUUCUGAGAGUAACAUUCAUUGUAGAUAUAUGUUGGUUAGCGAUGUCCAUUUUGUUUACGGAAUCCAGAAGUCUGCAACUCUUCUCAAACGCCAUGGAACCGCACCAGUCUACGUAUAUAGGAUGAGCCUAAACAGUUCCUUGAACUACUUCAAGAAAUUCUGCGAAGUAAAGUACUUCAAAACAAUGAUUCUCGUCACACUAAUGACCAAACUGGCAGGUAGUUCAUCUCUCAAAGGCGUUUUCCAAAGCUUAUACGAAAAACUGCCAGCAAAUAAAGUUGAUGGCGUGUCACACGCAGACGACCUGUUCUAUUUAUUCACAACGUUUUUCUCCCCAACCAUAGUUAGGGGAAGCGAGGAAGACAUCAGCAUUCAGAAAUUUGUCAAACCGUGGACUAAUUUUGCGAAAUACGGAAAUCCUACCCCGGAGAAAGACGAAACUUUGAAUGGAGUUAUCUGGAAACCUAUAGAAAGCGAAGAAGUGGAUAAUAUAUUCGAUAUCAAUAAGGAAGUUACGAUCACCAAGAACUUGGAAUGCGACAGGGUUUCGUUCUGGGAAAAAAUGUAUCAGCAAUAUGCUGAGAGGGUCUAACAACUUAAAGUCACCCAUUUUGACUGCUGUUCAGAGAGCACAAGUUUGUCACUUGAUAUUUGCACUCUAUUACUCAACGUUGAAAGCACAUUCGGAAGUUUUACUCAUACAA